UCAUGCAAUGUUGGACUAUAUUAAGUUUGUUGCAGUGUAAAAGGAUGGUCAUCAGCGGAAGAUGAAUCGUACUUUGGCAUCAAUUAAGGGUAGAAUGUAGCAGCUGAAAAAUAGACUGAUAAUGCACUGCUUACUGUGGAUCUUGUUGGUAUUGACUGUGAAAAUUUGCCAGUGUAAAUUGCCACUGGUAAUCACUUGGGUGAAUGACACUAGAUCGAGUCAUUCCCCUCGAAAUAUGCAUCAAAGAAGUAACUUGGCAGGUAACACUCAACUAAUUCAUCGACAUCAUACAGUCCCUAUAAUCUGGAGUUCUCGAAGAAGUCACUCUCGGACAUCCGAAAAUGCUCCUGUCUCUUUUCAUAGGAAAAACAUUUAUCCGUUGAAUCAGAACAGAGGGAGAAGUUCGAUAGGGUUGAACGUAGGAAGUGAUAGAUCGUUUGCUGGACAAUGGGGGUCUCAGAGAAGUUCUUCUGUACACAGGGAAGACACGAGAGAGAAAGCAUACUCUAGCAGCACAACUUCGUCAAAACUUACUGAAGCACAGAAAAGGCAGAUUGUGGACUUACAUAACAAGAUACGAAGAAGUGUUACACCUAGCGCGUCAAAUAUGAAGAAAAUGAGCUGGGACACAACCCUCGAACAAUUGGCCCAAAAGUAUGCAGAAACGUGUUCUGGUACACACAAUGCAGACCGACAUAAACGGAAAUGGGCAGACUUCCGGAAUGUCGGAGAGAAUAUUCAUCACACUUGGGAUUGGGUGGCAGAGUAUGAAAAUGGUGUCCUUGUCCAAAAGACACUACCUUUGAACAUUUCUAAAGUCCUGCACAGAUGGUGGGGAGAGAAAAACAAAUAUGAUUAUCGGAAUCCUUACGGUUGUCCAAAGGGAUGUGGUCACUACAUUCAGAUGGUAAAGGAUGUUUCAUUUGCUAUUGGUUGUGGGACCUCCCUUUGUGAAACAGUGAAAGGACGUAACUAUAGAAAUGCACAUAUUUUUGUGUGUAACUACGGAGAUGGCUAUAACGAAUCCCUAGAACCAUAUUCUGAAGGACCGCCCUGUUCAGACUGUCCUACGGGGCGCCCAGUGUGCAAUCAGGGUCUCUGUGAUGCCACAUGAACAUUAUUACAGUCAAUAUUUAAGUCUAUUCAAUUAUUUAAUAUUCAUCCACUGUAAACAAAAGAGGGCAGAAAUAAAACGGGUAAGAAAUACUCCAGUAUACAGUA